AUGAACAACGCGUUCACCACCAAUAUCAAUGAUGUCGAGGAACGAUGUGCGGCCGGCUACUAUGACUAUAUCAUUAUUGGUAGCGGGAUGGGGGGUGGUACCCUCGCACGAUGCCUUAUAGGCGGCGAUUCUGGUAAAGAGCAUACAGAAUCGCCUCGGGUUCUCGUUAUAGAACGCGGCAGUCUCCAAUUCUCUACCCAUUGCAUGAAUACCCCGACUCCUGGCUGGUACAGAAAGGAAGGACCCUCUAUGAGUACGGACGUUGUUUUCCAGUCUAUAAAGUCUCCGAUCAAAACCGUUACCUCAAAUUCGGUUCCGUACGUAGGAGGGCCAGUUCAUUGCCUUGGAGGGCGAAGUAAUGUUUGGGGAAUGUAUGCUCCGCCGUUAGAUGCGAUCAGUAUCCAGCGAUAUCUUGGCGAUGAUAUUAAGAGAUAUCUAUUCGAUGAAGAUGGUUACAAAAGAGCCUAUAAAAUCCUUUCCAACGGAGGCUCGCUGGAAGCGCCCUAUCCAAUUUCCCCCGGCCUCGUACAUAUCAUGGGAGAGCGAGUCGAUAGGAUUCUUGAAGCCUUCAAUAGCAUCUACCAGUGGCCCCAAAACACUGGAGACCCUUACUGGUUGGGAAGAUUUACACUUUGCCCGAUGGGAACAGAAUUUUUUCCAGAGCACCCGCAGAAAAGUCUCUACCAGGCCGCCUUAGGAGGAUACUCGGCUGUCACCUGGAUGUUGGAGCGCUGCUAUGAUAGUAGCCAGGCUCUUACAAUAUUACUGAAUACCCAGGUAAUGACUGUAAACUACGAAGGCGAGCAAAUCACUAGCUUCACAGUUCUUGACCCAGAAAGGAAAUACGACCAGCUCCGUACUAUUCCUACAGGCGGGGCGACAGUUGUAUUAAGUUGUGGGACUAUUGACACAGCCGCUCUCGCUUUAAGGAGUAGGCUCAAUAAGAUACCAGACGGUCUAUCUAAAUUGUCUCCAAAGCUUGGGUGGUCGCCGAAUGAAAUUGGCGUCGGCCUGACUGACCAUGAUAUCUGGGGGGUUAGGUUUGACUUGGGUCGGAGGGCUGACGCAGUGACAAAUGCCCUUCAUGGCCAAGCGCUCCGUAUACAAGCGUGGGCGACUUUGUUUCCAGACGAUGAGAGGAGAGAUAUACCUUAUCUAAUAGACCCACAGCCGCUGAGUGAAAGUGGCCACCGGGAUCGGGAGCAUCUACGACUGGAGCUACCACAGGCCUCAGCCAACCCUUCGGACCGAGCAGCACAGUGCCUCAUCAAUAUAACUAUUAAUGCCACGUCAUUUCUUGGCUCUUCCUUAUACCAUGAAUCUUCUAAAGUAUAUCUUGACGAAAACCAAAACAUCAUCUCGGAAAAAGCUUUCAAUCAAAAUUAUGAUGAAAGUAGAAAAUCCAGCCUUCAGGUGGUCUUUGAGUUCGAUAGCCAAUUGCAGGACGAUAACAAAGUCUUAAACCUUCCGAGGUCAGCCCCAACAAUCGAAAUUCCAUCUCGCGAGGACAAGAGACCCUACCUUGCUAGUAUGCGUAGGUUUGCCUUCAAGGCCGCAUUACUUUGUGGUCAGCCAACGCUUCUAACUCAUACCUCUGAAUGCCUAUGCGAACAUUGUUGCGGGAGUAGCCCCGAGCUAAAGACUCUGCGGGAUGAAUUGCGCAGACACGAUAUAUUAACGGCCGCGAGUAAAGGCGCCCCGCUGGUUCCGGAUACGUUGGACCCUCAAGAAAAAGUGGAACAAAACUCGUCCAUAAAUUACAGAAAGCCUGAACCAGAAACAGUUACACCAUAUCAACCGGAAUUCGAAGACUUAAAAGCCCAUACACAUAACAAGAGAUAUGAAUCCGACUUGCCCUCGGGCCCUGAGGAAUGCUACUUGUGUAAAAAUGAUUAUAAAUGCGUUUCAAAUUCUAUCGAUGGAUUCAACUCCUCAAAUUCUGAGCCUAUGUUGGCCUGGGCUCGACUAGAUACUGAAAUUAAAUCUCGCGGUAUCAAUGUGGAGAGGGCACCCUUUGGAGUUGUAGCACAUGAAGUGGGGACCAUGCGAAUGGAGACACCUAUACAUACUAGGGUGGAGCUAGGGACAGCUAAGAUUAUAGGAGAGGAUCUUUUGGGAUCUAGGAAAGCUGCAACAGAAGCAGUAGGGACCACUAUCACAGCACCAGAAGAAGCAGCCUCGAACCUACGCGCGGAGGAGGAGAAUUCAUUCCAUCCAACGCCUUGCAAUUGCGCUGCGACUGGAUCAGGGGGGUCUCGAGGGCUUUACGGUGUCGUGAAUGACAACCUGAGGUUCAAGGGGCUGAAUAAUCUAUAUGUCUGCGACCUUUCUGUGUUUCCAUGGAGCCCGGCAGCAAAUCCAUCUCUAACCCUAGUAGCUUUGGCACAGCGUCUUGCUGAUCGGUUGGAGUGCUUGAGAAAGGACAAAAAUAAAGCAAAGGAGAAAGAGGAAAGAAUAAUUCAACAUAUUCAGGAACAAAUUCGCGGCAUGAAUAUUUCAAAGGACUGGCUUGUCGUUUAA